CUUCUUCUCGACUCGAGAUAUUCAACGAUGGCCGGUCCAUCCGCGGCUGGCGCAAUGGCUUUGAUGACUACGAUCAGACCAAGCAGUCUUGGUCGCCAGUCCCUGGCGCUCAUCGCAGCUCGUCGAUACAAUUCAAAUCGGACCGGCCGCCAAUCCAGCAUCACGUACGCCUCCCGUCUCUAUAUGCCGCAAGCGCCUGCCUCCGACCCAAAAGGCAAAGGCAAGGCUACCUCCCCCGACGUGUCCUCUUCAACACCCGCACACCCCGUCCCAGGCUCAGCGGAAGAGGCCCUCCAUCAGCUCACUCUGGGAGGGUACAUUCGCCAAUCCUCCUCCGGAGUGUACACCUUCCUCGGCCCAGGCCUCCACCUGCUGCGCUCCAUCUCGUCGAUCAUCGAUCAAGAGAUGCAAGGCAUCGGCGCUCAGCGCAUCGAUAUGCCUACCCUACUUCCUCAGGCGGGUUGGCGAAAGAGCGGAAGACUCGAGGCGAUGGGCAGUGAGCUGUAUAGAUUGAAGGAUAGGAGAGGAGGGGAGUGGUUGCUCGCCCCCACGCAUGAAGAAGAGGUCACACGCCUCAUAUCCAGCGACAUUCAAACCUACAAGCAUCUACCUGUCAAAGUCUAUCAGAUCACCCGCAAGCAUCGCGAUGAGCCUCGGCCUCGACUCGGUCUUUUGAGGACGCGAGAGUUUCUCAUGAAGGACCUCUACACAUUUGACGAGGACACACCUUCCGCUCUCGUAUCGUACGAGGCUGUCCAGACGGCAUACGGGAGGGUCAUGCAGCGCCUCUUUGGCUCGCAGGUGGAGGGUCGAUGGCGAGUGGCAGAGGCGGAUAGUGGAGCCAUGGGUGGUAGUAGGAGUCAUGAGUACCAUGUAGAGGAUGAGGCGGGGGAGGAUGUCAUCGUUGCAUGCAGCUCGUGCGGAUAUGCCGCAAAUGUUGAGGUGGCGGAAGCGGCGGCAGCCAAUGACGGUACAACAGGGGAACCCUCAUCAUCACGGCAGCCUCCCGCAGUCUGGCAAGAUCUGGACGUUCACCUCUACACGAAUGCAGAGCCCGGGCAUACUUUGGAGGAGGCAGCGCUUACUGCUGUAGUCAUGCCACGCGACUUCAAGGGGUUAGACUCGGCCAAGCUCGUCGCCGAUAUGAAGCGCGUCUACCCAUCGUCGUCAAGGUCGUCCGGCGCAUCUUGGCAACCGUGGGACUGGCGCGAACGGCCAGAGGGCCCUAUCCUCGGUCGCUUCCAACACCUCAACGUCAUUGCAGAGAGAAGCUGCGCCGGCGUAGAGGGAGAAGACGUAGAGGAGGCCAUUCGUCGAGCGCUGGUACUGGCCAGUGACCAGAGGACCGCUGCCGCUGAUACUACGAACGGCUUGGAAUUGUGCAACGUCGAGCCAAGCUCCCCCGAGUUGCGCGACUUCUUCCCCGCCGGCCCUCGUGGGUGGGAGUACAUCGAUCUUCCACAGGCAACGCAGACGGGCUCGGGUUCGACUUCCUGCCCCUCCUGCUCCGCAGGCACGCUCACGAAACGCAAAGCAAUCGAAGUGGGUCACACCUUCGUCCUCGGAGAUCGCUAUACCCGGGCGCUCGGCUAUCAAUUCGCUGCUCGUCCCUCUUCUUCUGGCAGACAGGAGCGUCAUUUCGCCCAGAUGGGAUGCUAUGGAUUGGGGGUGACUAGAUUGGUGGGCGUGCUUGCCAUACGGGCGAGGCAGGCGUGGUUGAAGGCUCAGCAAGGGGACGGAGAGAAGGGAAAGCCAGGUCUCCUUUGGCCCAAAUGGCUGGCUCCGUACACGCAUGCGAUUGUCCUCGCGGAGGAAGAUGCGCGAGCUUGCUCAGAAGUCGAGAAGCUGAUCGCCGAGCUUGACGGUCCGGACUCGCCGGACACUCGGCUGCUCGUGGACGAUCGCCACGCUGUAGGUGUGGGCGCCAGGUUGAAGGAGAUGGAUGCCCUGGGUGUGGGUAGCGUUUGGGUCGUGAGGCGGAACAAGAGGCCAAGGGAGGGAGAGGUAGAGUGGAGUGUUGCGAGGCAACGAUGAGGGUCUGGAACGAAUGCCAAAAUAAUGUCAUGGAUACAAAUACAGCAUGGAUCUUUAUCCCUUCCCACGAUCACCACACGUCCCUAGGCUCAGAAAUAUUGCUCAU